AUGGAUAGUAAACCAGGCUAUGAUUCAGAUGACGAAUUCUUCGAUUGCCAGUCAGAGGCUUGUUUUUAUGCUGUGGCUUCUCCUUUGAGUAAAGGUCAAGGUGAAGUUUUUGUGGAUCCUAAGAGGGCUUAUUUAAAGUUACGUGGUAUCACGGGUGCUAGGCUUAAGUUAUUUGCUAACCAUGUGGAUGCCAACAAGUUUGCGAAUACUCCAGUUGACGAAGAGAAUCUCUCCAACCCCUACCCUCCAUCACCCAAAGCUGAUGUUGAAAGCAGUCCAUACCCCAGUGCUAGUCAACAAACCCUAAUUCGUUUUCGAUCAAUGUUAGAUAGUGGGAACGUUGAUGUCGUUAAACAAAUGGUAGACGAGAACCCGAUGAUUUUAGUAACGACUAGUGACACACCCACAAUAUUGCAAAUACGCUUUCGAUAUAAUGCAUUACAUGUGGUUGCUUCGAAAGGCAACGUCAACCUGCUUCAGUUUCUUCUAAAUUGUAUUGAUUCUGAUAAAUUUUGGGAACGUCUGUAUCCAGGUGCAUCUAAAGAAGCGUCUUAUUGGCGUCAACAGUAUGUUCUAGACCUGUAUUUGAAUAGUCCUGAGCUUGGAAACUUUGAAACUCCCCUACAUUUCGCUAGUAAAUAUGGGCAUAUUGAAUGUGUUUCCAUGCUUGCACGUCAUCCAUUAACAAAGCUCGACCCUCGUAACUUUGCAGGUCAUACGCCUGUAGAUUUGGCUGCUACUCGUUUGACCAGUCAAGAGAAAAUCCCCCAUUCGGAUUUCGAUUGUCCCACUAACAUUGUUAAUAGAAUUCUACAGAUUUUUGAUGAGAGUUACAUUGUAUUAGCAGAUGUGGAGAUUUCAGAACCAGCUAUAAUAAAGACUAGGAUACUAGCACCCUUGAACACGCGUGAAUUUCAAACGAUGUUAGGGUUGUAUGCACGGAAUUCGUGUAAAACAUUUAAAAAUGCAACCCAUGUGAAACCAUUUCCUACACAAAACAAUCAAUAUUAUUUUUUCAGGAGUUCGGUGGAGAAUGGGGAUUGUCUCAAAGUUAAGAUUAAUGGCAAUGUUCACCGGUUACGAGGCUUCUCAGGACCAAUGCCGAGUGAUGCAGCUGUUGAAUUUAAAAAAAAAUGGCUUCAAUACAAUGCACCAAAUGCUGUUGACUACAGAUCUUUUUCGCAUCUUCGUCUAAUUGAUUCGGAAAAAGGAUAUGAACGCCAAGGACGGUAUUUAUCACGUGUUUUCGGGACAAGUUGGUAUGAAUAUUGGGAAUUUUUGGAUGAUUACAUUGACUUAAGCUCUGAAGAUGGUUUGCUGGCUUUAGAAGAUUAUCUGUCUAAUUGUUCAUCACUGAACAUUGAUCAUCCAUUAAAAGAAACUACCAGUAAUGGGGAUUGCUUAGACAACAGUAAUAUUGAAGGUAGUACUCUAGCAAAUGUUUUGCAAGAUGUCAGUCAGACCGGCUGUACGCUCUCUCCAACAUUUUCACUUUUCGAUGAUAACAAUAACGAUGUAUUCGCUCCUGCAACACCUAUUAUCCGUGGAAAAUUAGUUCCUAAAAGCAACUCAACAAUUAACAGAGAAUUAUUUGCGUCAUCUAACCCUCAACGUUGGCUAUCUUAUCGUCAAAAUAAAGGUUGUAUUCAUGGAUUAAAUGAUAGUUUGGAAAAUAGCUCCGAGCAAACAAACUCAAAUAUUCAUUCUCAUGAGGAAAAGUCCGGUGAAAGAGACUCAGUAGACAAAGCUGUUGUCAGUCCCAUUGUACAACUUCUGAAGCGUUUGACGUUUGUAAGUCCAAUGCGUUGGUUAAGAGCAGUUAAUCAAGUAGACGGAGAUGGCCAGAAGUCUUUAACGACAGACAACAUAAUCCCAAUUAGUGAUGCCAAUUCUACUACCAAUAAACUUGUUGGUUAUGUGUCUGAACUGAAAUUUUCAAACAAACGCAGAAUAUCGGCAUCAAGCAUUCAGAGUUUAGAUUCACCUUUAGAAAAGCCUGGUGGCAAGAAACACUCGCCCGGUAAAACAGAAACUAAACCAACAUCUGAAUUAACAACAAAACCAUUACCACACUACUUCACUAAUAUCUACAAAGCGUUGCCUGGAAAUGACGACGAGCUAAAAUAUUUUAACCCGCUUGAGUUGCCACUUCAAAAAUCUACACCAUCUCUUGUACUAUCCACGUCAAACAAUUCUAAAUUUAUGAAAUGUAUUCAAUUAACUGAACACGUUCAAUCUUUUUUAAAUAAGUCCUCAUAA